UAAACGAGUAAUAUACGUGUUUGUCGUUGUCCCGGGAAGAUUCGUAUAACCUCUUCUUAUUUGCACAAUAUUUGUAAAAAAUAUGCAUACUUGUGCUAUUUCGUGAUUGUUGUUAUUAAAUUAACAAUUUUUCUAAACAAAAUAUACAUUUUUUCGUUGCUCGCCAAAAAAUCUAAUUAAACAAAGAAUUUGACAGAUCGGAGACUGACAGUUCAGCUUUAACAACAUUUCGAGCUGGGGCUACUCCUUACAAAAUUUUCGAAUGAAAUUCACAAUGAGAACGUAUAUGAUUGUAUAUGUAUUAUAAUUUAAAGAUACGAUUAGGAAAACUUUCGAUCGAAUAAAUUUUCGAUUGACUAGAUAGCUGUAUUUAAUCUACAAUAACAUUAUUGACAAGUGUAAUAUUUGUAAGAAUUGUUAAAGAUAGUUAUUCAACCUUGCAAUCCAAAUGUCAAAAAACAAGUUAAAUUUGACACUGCCACCUGGUUCGAUAGAACCAGUUCCAGUUGUGUCACCGUCACCACCAGUACCACCAUUACCCAUUUAUUCUGAGCCGCCAGUAAUUCCAGACGGAGUUAUGGGAAAGAUGAGCAUAGAUGCCAUUCAAGAAAGAUUAAAGGAAUUAGAAAUGGAUGAGGAACAAAAGAAGAGGCUAGAAAGCUUUUUAGGUCAAAAAGAAAAGGUCGGAGAAUUAUGUGAUGAAGAUUUUGAAAAGCUUGGAGAACUUGGUGCUGGUAAUGGCGGUGUUGUCAUGAAAGUGAGGCACAAAAAGUAUGGACUUAUAAUGGCAAGAAAGCUAAUACAUUUAGAAGUCAAACCUGCCAUUAAGAAACAAAUAAUUAGAGAACUGAAAGUUCUGCAUGAGUGCAAUUUUGCACACAUAGUUGGCUUUUAUGGUGCUUUCUAUAGUGAUGGAGAAAUUAGUAUAUGUAUGGAAUAUAUGGAUGGUGGUUCAUUAGAUUUAAUACUGAAAAAAGCUGGAAGAAUUCCAGAACCUAUAUUAAGCACAAUUACUUCAGCAGUUUUAAAAGGUUUGAGCUAUUUGCGAGAUAAACAUGCAAUUAUGCAUCGGGACGUAAAACCAAGCAAUAUUUUGGUAAAUAGUGCUGGAGAAAUAAAAAUUUGUGAUUUUGGUGUCUCCGGACAAUUAAUUGAUUCCAUGGCUAAUUCAUUUGUUGGGACGAGAAGUUAUAUGUCGCCAGAGAGAUUACAAGGCACACAUUACUCUGUACAAAGUGAUAUUUGGUCCCUAGGAUUAUCACUUGUGGAAAUGGCAAUUGGAAUGUAUCCAAUUCCACCUCCUGAUGAAAAAACUUUAGCUGCGAUAUUCAGCUCUCCACCAGGUCAACCACCUGUGGAGAAUGUUGCUACAAAUAAUGCUUCUACUCCAACAACGCAAUCACCUGGACACAAUACAGGUAGCCCAAGACCAAUGGCUAUAUUUGAAUUAUUGGAUUAUAUUGUAAAUGAACCACCACCAAAAUUGCCUGCUGGUAUCUUCAGUGAUGCUUUUACAGAUUUUGUGGACCGUUGCUUGAAGAAAAAUCCCGCCGAAAGAGCAGAUUUAAAAACGUUAAUGAACCACGAAUGGAUAAAAAAAGCUGAAUCUGAGAAUGUAGAUAUCGCUGGUUGGGUAUGUCGUACAAUGGAUCUACAACCAACUACUCCAACCCGUUUGGCGAACGUACAAUCCUGAAUAAAUGUCACUCUUACAUACUUGACUACCUAUAUACGCGUUCAGUACUCUUAAGUAAAUUUUCGUUUCUUUUCGUUAGAUUAAUAUAAACAGUGACGUUCAUAAAUUUCAUUUCUUUCUCUUUUUUAGCAUUCUAAUAAUUCAUGAAACGAAAAUCUUUCGCGAUUUUGAAAACAGACUUAUUUACUAGAAUUUAUGAUAGUUUUUUCUUUUACUAUAUUUUAUAUAAUAUUGCUCAAAUAUUCAUAAACCGUUUGAGCGACAGCAUUUAUCGAGUAGAACUUAAGAGUAUUAAUAUAGGUUUCGAUAUACGUAUCACUGAUUUAUUCCUUUUUAAAUAAUCGUGUUUAGUGAUUUAAAUGUAUAAGCUUUUAGUUAUUAAUUGUAUCAGAAUGUAUUUUACGUAAAGUGCCGAAUUUUUGUUUGAUAUUAAAUUAUUUUUCAUCGUACGUUACAGUCUGAUUUUGAAGUCGCGAUAACAAUCGUGUUAGAACGUGGUUGAAUAAUAUGAACAUUUUUAAUGUAUAUACGAUUAUCGUGAAGUACAGAAAUUUUAUAUUGACAUAUAAAAUUGCAUGCAACGCGUCACUGUGCUUGAUCUUUAUUUCGUUUUCCAGGUAUUUCGUACCUUUAUCUUAUGAUUCUGUUGAAAGUAUGUAAGAUAAACAAUUAUCCUUAUAAGUUUAACGUUUAUUGUACACUCAUGGGCAAGUUAUGUUUCCUAUGAUGAUAUUAGGAUACAUAUGGGCAUCGGAUUUAUGAAGACAUAAUUUGAAGAGAGAAGUGUUAACUAGAGAACAAGUUACUAGUAUAACAUUUGUACCUGACAUUCGUAGAGCAUUAUUCACACCAUUGAAAAA